AGGAAGGAACGGAGGUCAGAAAACAAGCUUCGAGUUUUGGAACUGGUGUAGCAGCUUCUCCUGAAAAGUGCCCUAAACAAUGUUGAAUGAAGUGAAUUAUUCCAAGUCAGGUUAAGAGGUCGCAGGGUUGUGGCCCUUUAUUUUUGGUAUUCGUCCCUUCUUUGCUUGCCAUCUUCACAUCCUCUCACGUGGAACAGGAAGUGAUCUGGUACUGCCGCCAUCAUCGCAUUAUUGAGGAACACCACAUAACUCAGAUACUCUCAAAGAUUUCACACUCGACUCGAGAUAUGAGACAAGGGACCAUGGUGAUUGGCAUUUGGCUGCUGAUGGCGACGCUUUUUUGUGGAGCAGUCAUGUCAGCUCCAGUACCUCCACACCAGUCCACAGGCUCUGUGACCCCAGAGGACCUGGUGGAGGUGCCGUUGGGCCAGUCUACAGUGUUGUCCUGCCAGCUACAUCUGCCUCCAGGCUCUCUGGAGCAGAACUGCGUCAUAGUGCAAACCAAAGACACUCGGGAGAAGAACACACCUUUGUUUCCAACCGGCCCGGAGAAGGAAGUGGAAGUGCUCGAGCAGGUGCUCCUCUACUUGAGGAAAGGUCAGGAGAAGCCCGAGUUUCAGUCCCCGCUGUACCGAAACAGGACCAGCCGCUGGGAUGGGGGAGACGUCAGCGUGCAGCUAUGGAACGUGUCUGUGAGAGACAACAACACCGUCUUUCAGUGUUUUGUGACUCCUGGCUGCCAGGAAUAUGUGCUCAAGAGAGAGAUUACACUACGGACAGUGGAGAGGACAGAUGGUGUGAAUCAGAACCCUACUGUGACCGUGACUGCAGGUGUGAAUCAGAACCCUACUGUGAUCGUGACUGCUGUGGUUGUACCUGUGCUGCUGCUGCUGGGUGCCAUUGCGGUUCGUUGUGUCUGCACCAGAAUAAAGCGUUCUAAAUCUGCUGCAGGAGCCAAUCAAGAUGCCACAGAGGGAGGGGCCAUGGGAGCAGUGGAGAAUGGAGUGAUGGGGAAACCCACUGAGGAGAGCGUGGGAAACCAGGACCAGCCGGACGGACCGGUUGUGAUGACCGAGGACCAGCCGAAUGGAUCAUUGAACCGAGACCAGGACCAGCCCAAUGGAUCAACUACUUACUUGAAGAAACAGCAGCACCAGCAGAGUGGAUCAGCUGAGAGCACAGCAGCACCAGAACAGGAGCCUCUGCUCAGGAACGAACACAGCAGGGGGGAGGACGGCCGCGGAGGCCCGAGUGACCAGGACAGAGCCCUGAGUGAACAGGAGACCUUGGCUCAGGAGCUAGAGGAGUCGUCCAGUAACUGGAAGGGUGCUGGUUCGAGCCCAACUCCUCCUGACCUUGUCAAAGUGUCCUUGAGCAAGACACUUAACCCCAGUGCUCCCGAUGAGCAGGUUGGCGCCUUGCCUCCGCCAUCAGUGUGUGUGAGAAUGUGA